ACUUCAAUACCAGACACUUUUACCCCCUUCCUGCCCAGGCCAAUUUUCAGCUUUCAGCACGCUCACACUUUGAAUGACAAUUGCGCGCGGUCAUGCAACACUGUACCCAAACUAAAAUGUUUUCAUUUUGCUCACACAACUAGAGCUUUCUUUUGGUGGUAUUUGAUCACCCCUGGGGUUUUUAUUUUUUGCUAAAAUUAACAAAAAAAGACCGAAAAUUUAGAAAAAAAAAAUCCCACGUUUUUCUUUGAUUCUGUUAUAAAAGUUUGCAAAUAAAUAAUUCAUAGAUUUAGACCAAGAUUGUAUAUUACCCUAAAAAGGUAUUUUUUUUAUAUUUGUGUUUUAUCCGUUUUAUAUCUGUC